GUUACGGCCGAUUCACAUAGUAUCUGCUUCGGUCCUUGCCUCGCCAUGGACUUGGUCAAACUGGGCAUUUUGCUGAUAGCGAUGGUUGGAUUAAUAUUUUCUGCUCCUGUUCCUGACGGACACCAUCAUAAAAAAUUCAUAAUCCACGUGCCUUACAAGAUCCACACAAUCCAUCAUCACCACAUAAAGAAGAUUCCGAUCUUCCACCACUACGAGCACUAUGAUCACCACCACCACCAUCAUCACCACCACCACGAGGAGGUUCACCACGACUACCACGAGGACUACCACGACGAUCAUUACUAACCUGCGGCCUUAGCUCCAGUUUUAAGUCAUCGCAAGGAUAAUGUAAUCUAGAUUCAUCGUGAUCAUCACCUCAGAAUCAUCAUCACACGUCAUCAAGUCAUCAGUGUGACAUCAUCAUUCACAUAAUCACACCAUUGAUCAUCAUAGUCAUCCUCAUCAUAAGUAAUGUUGUUACUAAGAUUAUUCCAAAGAAAUUCUUUACUCAUAGGUUUAGUGCUUUAACAACAAAAAGUAUUCUCCUUAUGUAGGUUAAAUUCAAUAAUAACGUUAAAAAACUCAUUCCAGCGAAAAAUACAAAUUAAUUAGUAUUUCUAAGUCUAAAUUUUUGCUGAUUUUUAAUCUUUAAAAUUUUAUAAC